UUAUAGAUCUACAGGCGAGAUUAAAGAAUCCCCACAGCGGUUGAGGGAAGUUUGUUGCCGGGUGUCGAUACGGCGUUACUCCUUCACGAAACCGAACCUCGUCCCGGAACCAGCAGCUGUAGUCUGAACCGGGCGGACAGGAGAACAUGAGCUUCUUAUUUGGGAAUCGUUCGUCUAAGACAUUUAAACCGAAGAAGAAUAUUCCGGAAGGAUCUCACCAGUAUGAACUGCUCAAACACGCUGAAGCCACACUGGGCAGCGGGAACCUGCGUAUGGCCGUCAUGCUUCCAGACGGAGAAGAUCUGAAUGAAUGGGUGGCUGUCAACACGGUGGAUUUCUUUAAUCAAAUAAACAUGCUGUACGGCACCAUCACAGAUUUCUGCUCUGAGGACAGCUGUCCCGUCAUGUCAGCCGGACCGAAAUACGAGUAUCAUUGGGCAGAUGGGACCAACAUUAAAAAGCCAAUAAAGUGCUCUGCUCCCAAGUACAUUGAUUAUCUGAUGACGUGGGUUCAAGACCAAUUGGACGAGGAGACCCUGUUUCCUUCUAAAAUAGGUGUUCCUUUCCCGAAGAACUUCAUGUCAGUAGCUAAGACCAUUCUGAAGCGUUUGUUCAGAGUUUAUGCUCAUAUAUAUCAUCAACACUUUGACGCAGUCAUGCAGCUGCAGGAGGAAGCCCACCUCAACACGUCAUUCAAACACUUCAUCUUCUUUGUACAGGAGUUUAACUCGAUCGACCGCAAGGAGUUGGCACCCCUUCAGGAUCUGAUUGAGAAACUAACAACUAAAGACAGAUAAACAGAGAAAAGUAGAGAAGGAGAGGCAAGUAAUGAAGGAAAACCAGCGAUCUAACUCCGUCUUGUGACAACCCAUCUGUCUUUUGUUUUGUACGGAUGAUUUUUACUGUUGCACCGAAGGCGAUCUCUAGUAGAAAUACGGGAUUAGCACAGUGCUAACACGUAAAGGGAUCACGCCUGUUUAGAGAACCAGGCUUAUGCUAUAUUUAGAUUGGUUUUUACUCCUUGAAAAACUGAUGCCUGAUUGAAAUAGUUACUACUACUUAUUCACAUUGUUAGUGGUCACUGUAAGAGUGAGAUUUAACCCAAUCGUGCUUAAUAUGUACUACAACGAUUCCAUGUGUUAGCAUGGUGCCUGUAUCGCGUAAAGCAGUGAAGAGGGGAAUGUUUUAAAGGGUUUUUUGAUUCUUCAAUGCCGUAUUACUGACAGCAAAAGGAUGCAGUUUAAUAGUCAAAGUCUAUUUUCCUAUGCAAUGAUUAUUACGUUGUUUUUCCUUACUGACGUUGGUUAUAGUCUAUAUCAUGUACUUUUACUGAGCUUGUUUCUCCAUUUAUAUAUUUCUGAUGUUUGGAUUGGUAUUGAUUGGUGUUAAAUGAGUAUUCCGGGUUCAAUGCAAGUUAAGGUCAAUGGAUAGCAUUUGUGGCAUGAUGUUGAUUACCUGAAACGUUUAUUUUGACUCCUAAAUUGUUGUUAUUAUUUUUUAAUACAGCAAAAAUCGAGGUUACAAUGAGGCACUUACAAUGCAAGUCAGUAGGGACAUUUUUGAAGGAUUUAAAGGCAUAAAUAUGAAGCUUGCAUUAAUUCUUCUGUUAAAACACGUGUAUUAUUUGAGCUGUAAAGUGGUUUAAAUCGGCAUUUUUAUGGUUGUUUUGGGUCGGCAUUGCAACGAAGUUGUAAAAUUGGAUAUAGCUUUGCACAGAAAAUGUUAGUAAGCGAUUUAUAUCACACUAAAAUCAUGUAAACACACAUAUUGUUUACAUAUUGUGGCUAUACUUUUGAAUUGGUGUUUAUUUUAAUGUUUACCGAUUGGGCCCCCAUUCACUUUCAUUGUAAGUGCCUCACUGUAACCCAGAUUUUUACCUUUUUAAGAAAAGGAGGGACGAGUCAAAAUGUAUUUCUGUGGCUGCCACACCUGCUGUCGAUUCAGCAUAACAUGUAUUGAACCCGGAAUAUUCCUUUUUAAGGAUCAUGAUGUUUGUCAGGUUUGGAAUACUGAAGCUGAAAUAUUUUAGCCUAUUUUUAAGAAGUUUGCAAAUAGCAAAUUGAAUUUUGUAUUUUUAAAAUAACAUUAAUAAAGCUUAAAAUAUGUAGUUUUUCCUGGUUUGUUUUGGUUUAUUUUGUUAAAGAUUACUCAAUUCAAUUUGAUGGGAUUUUGUGUUCUUAAAUCUUAAACAUAGGUGCAAAAACAAAACAACAUUUGGGGGUGUUGUUGAUGAAAUGCAUGCCGGAAUCGCUACUUUGUUGAACCCAGAUGGCUUUUGGAAAUACUGGCCUUGAUUUUAUGAAGUUACUUGUACUGAUUUUAUAUCUUAUGCUGUGUGUCAAAGAGACAUUAUGAAAUGAAUGAAAACAGUUUUGCUUAAGCCGCUCCAACUAGUUGAGUUAAUCAUUUUAAUAAAAAUUAUUUCUUACUGAAUCUGCUCUAAUAUUAAAAUCCAUUUUAUUAUUGUUAAGUUUUAAGUUGCAUGAUAUCCAUUCGAUCUGUAUUUAUAAUCCAAUUCAUCCAGCAAUUUGAAAUGAAUGUUUGCGAAUUUAGCUUUUGCCCUAUUAGCUGUUUAUAUAUACGAUUUUGAGAAAUGUUUGGCGUUUGGUCCAGAAAUGAAUGACUUUGGACAUUUCUUCUCUACCUCCGAUUCAACCAUUUUUCUGUCUAAGAUGUAAACAAAUAUUUUUUUUUACAGUUCUAUUUGAAAUCCUCUUGUUAAGUUUAUUUGCAUUUGAAAUCACAUUAUUUCACAAAUGCAAUGUUUUUACCUAAUAAUGGUUUGGACUAUGCUUUAGACUAGUAUAAAGUGCCAACCACUGAUUAAUAUUGGACAAUAUUUAUAGAAAUUUUUAUCACUGGAACAAUAAUAUAUUUUCCCUGAAUUGUGCAAUAAUUAGGUUAUUCCUAGAUAAGAUGUAAAUAUGUGCAACUGAGUCGACCAUUAUUAUUUCCUUAUAUUUUACAUCAAUAAAACGAUAUCUCUAACUGAUGUUGUAAUUGUUAUUUCAGCUGUACAUGAAGCAAAUAAAACCCUUCU